CGGCGCGCGCAGACGCGAGCCAGACGCGAUGGCGGGACGGCAGCUGGUGGUGGCGCUGGCGCUGCUGCUGGCCGCGCCGGCCUGGGCCAGGCCGCAAUCGUCUGGCAGCAGCCGGCAUCCGGGCGGAUACCACAGCACGUACGCCCAGUAUCUGGCUGGCAUCGCGCAGGCGCUGGGUAGACAGGAGUCCACCGAGGAGUCCGCCCCGUCCAGAGCCCAGGGCGACCGCCCUGUGCCGCAGCAGCAGCAGCAGCAACAGCAGCUACAGCAGCAGCAGCAGCAGCAGCAGCAGCAGUAG